AUGAUACCUGAUGAUGGGACGGGAUUGAUCAGAGAUGCCCCGGGAUAUGUUCUUCUCAGCCCAACCAUAUGGGGACCCUACACUGUAUCAACUGAACCGUCUUGCUAUGUGGCAAUAGUCCGGCAAUGGUUCAAAGUUCAGGGUCCAGCUCCUUUUCUCUAUUUGUAUACUAGCCAGCCUGUUCCCGGCAUAUAUGGGAUUUGUUUUUUAAGAUGCGAGUUUCUACGGGUGCAAUGUAUAUCAAUUCAAUGUUUUACCAGCAAGAAUGUCGUUGGAUGA